CGGCCGGACAGGCGGGGGCGCAGCUCCCGGCUUGCACCGCCGCCCUCCCCUCCCUCCGACGUGGCAGCGGCCCCAGCAGCCGGCUCCGCUCCGACCCCCCUGCACGCCCGGCCCGGCCCCAUGCGCCGCCUGCUCCUGCUGCUGGCCGGGCUGCUGGCGCCGCUGCGCGCCUACGAGCCGGACUGGGGGAAGCUGCAGGGGCUGGCCCGGGGCAAGGUGGAGACCUGCGGAGGAUGAUGGCUGAGCCGCCUGAAGGAGGUGAAGGCCUUUGUCACCGAGGACAUCCCUCUGUACCACAACCUGGUGAUGAAGCAUCUCCCCGGAGCCGACCCUGAGCUUGUGCUGCUCAGCUUCAGAUACGAGGAGCUGGAGAGAAUUCCCCUGAGUGACAUGAGCCGGGAGGAGAUUAACCAGCUGGUGCAGGAGCUGGGAUUUUACCGCAAGGAGGCACCUGAUGCCCCGGUGCCUGAGGAGUUCCAGCUCGCCCCAGCCAGGCCUCUGCCCACCCUGCAAGCGAAGGAGCAGAGCCCUGGAGCACCCUCCCCCCCAGCUCCCGCAGGCAAGAGCGAGCCCCCCAGGAAGCCUGGCAACCAGGAACACCCAGAUCUAUAGAGAGCAGCCAAACGUGGGCAUGGGGAGGGGUGUCCAGACUGGAGCUGUGCAUCCACCCCACUGGUAGGGGUGACACAGCUUCUGCCCCCCAGGGGGCGUUGUACAGGGCACAAUAUGGUCUAUACCAGCCCUGGGUCAGCUGCCCUCCCCUGGCUGUUAACAGGCAGUCCUGUGGCUCCCGGACCAGCCUGCUAGUGCUUCUGUGCUGUGUCAGGGCCCCCUGCCUGCAGGGACAGAAUGAAGCCCUCAGCUGAAAGCUCUGGGUGCUGAGGGUGGAUGAGCUGAGUCCCAGAGGGCACAGGGUCGCUGCCCCCUGCCAUCUGCGCUGUGGUCCACGGCUUGUGUCCAGAGCUGGAAUAAAGGCCCCUUCACCCCA